GACACUUGGAAACAAGAGUCUCGACAGCUCCCCUCAUUGGCAACCACAUCAACUGAAUAGCCCCGUUCUCCGAACGGUCCACUGCAUUCAGAUUCUAUAACAAAUCCUAACACGAGGUCACAUUUCGAAGCCGAUGUCUUUCUCCAGGUACGAUAAACCACUUGAGGCAGUCCGGGAAAGACACUAGAGUGGUGCCUUUCUGACGUAUCAGAUUUGUUCAGCCCUGGUACCAUGGAUUCCCGAGUUCCCUCCUGAUCAUCAUGAUCAAGUCCUACCUCGUUUUCUCAGCUGUUUGCUGCUAUCUCACUACGACAUACGCUCAUAACGUUACGAUCUCCAAUGCUGGCUUUGAUUAUAUCAUCAUAGGUGGUGGUACAGCAGGUCUCACUCUGGCCGAAAGCUUAGCUUCUGAUCAUUCGGUAUCCGUGGCCGUUGUGGAAGCUGGCAAACAUAUCAUUCUAAACUCAACUCUAGUGCCCAUUCUUGUCAACGACUUCAUGGGAAACCCUGAAAUCGAUUGGCAAUUUAAGAGUGUGCCCCAGGUUCGUGCCACUAAUGCGCCGGUGGAUAUGCCCCGUGGAAAAUUGCUUGGUGGUACUGCUCUAGUGAAUGGGAUGUACUACGUCAGGGCGCAUAAAAAGGAGUACGAUGUUUGGGAGGAACUGGGUAAUCCAGGAUGGAACUUCGCAAGUGUUAAUCGACACAUGAAGGCAGCAGAGACGUUUUAUCCCGCCUCUCCCUCGGAUGCAAAAAUGUUUGCCGCGGAUGAUCUGAUCUCUGACCAUGGGUCAGAUGGACCUAUUCAAGUAUCAUUUUCAACCUAUUGGGAGCCAAGACCGCUGAUCCCGGCCUUUGUGGGUUCUAUGGCAUCCCUCGGUAUCAACGUUACGAGACUGGCGUCAGGUGGAGAGCCUUUCGGAGUGGCUCAAGCACCUACCACCAUCAAGCCUCACAAUCGUUCUCGCUCGGUAUUCUACGAGGACAUCGUACUGAAGAAUAAAAAAAGACCGAACUUACAUAUCUUCACUGGGGCCGAGGUGACAAAGAUAGACCUUAGAAAGGACGGUAGUUCGGGAGACGUCCAUGCCACUGGUAUUGAGUACGUUGCAAAUGGAUCAAGCCAAACUCUACAGGUCUGCCCGGAAGGACGUGUAAUCGUCACAGCAGGAACGUAUCAAACGCCGAAGAUAUUGGAAUUGUCUGGCAUCGGUAAUGCAACGUUGCUUAAAGAGCACGGUAUUACUGCGCAAGUAGACCUUCCGAAUGUGGGUGAGAACUUACAAGACCAUGUCGGUGUCCUGGUAUCCUACGAACUGAAACCUGUUCUGGGUCAAUCGAUUGAAGACUUAACGAGGAAUCUUACUUUCUUCGCUGAACAACAAGCACUCUAUAAUCUCAACCGAACUGGGGCUUUUGGUUCUGUUCCUGCUACGCUUGCCAUGGUUUCGCUGGAUGCCAUCAUAGAACCUCAGAGACUUGUUGAACUGAAAUCAAGCCUGGACUCGGCUCUAUUAGCAUUUAAAGGUACUCCCAUGGAAAAACAGUAUGCCAUCCAGCGCGCGAUGCUGGAAGAUCCAACUAUUCCUGAUAUCGAGAUUAUUUUCCAGCCCGGUAUACAGGAUCCGCGAAUCAACCCGGAUCCGACUAAGCCUCAUGCAAUGUUUGCGCCUAUUAUCCUCCACCCAUUUUCGCGAGGCAAUGUUCAUAUGAACACAUCGAACCCGUUGGACCUUCCUCGAAUUGAUCUCAACUUUCUGGAGUUUUUCGAAUUCGAGAGGGGCCUCUUUGUUGAAGUGAUCAAGUACAUCGACCGUAUCACAAAGACGCCUCCACUAUCCGACCUCGUAUCUCAAAAGUUACUUCCUCUUCCCAAUAGCACGGAUGCGGAGCUUGGAAAAUAUGUUCAAGAGAGUAUGUACAGUGUCUGGCACCCCGUUGGUCCAACCUCAAUGAUGCCACGAGAUGAAGGUGGAAUUGUCGACUCUAACCUCAAAGUUUAUGGAACAAGCAAUAUACAUGUAGCAGACCCUAGUAUCAUUCCCUUGUCGCUUGGAACCCAUACCAUGGCUUCUAUCUAUGGUGUAGCUUUGAGGGCAUCUGAGAUAUUCGGAGGUCUGCGUACUCACCCGACUUAUUAGGCAAACUAGAUUCUAUUUAUUAACUUUUUCGUUUGCUUGGGAAAGUU